AUGCUAGUCAUUGAAGUACCGAUUCGCAAUCCAGAAGUUGAACGUCGUCUAGUAGAAGCACAAACUGAAGCAAGCAAAGAAUUGGUUCCAUUUGGACAAUAUCGUAAUCCAAUUUUUGACCAUGUUGGCUUUCUGGAUAACUGCGGUUUCCAUCAACGUAUUGUUGCAAUGGACAACAAUGGAAAAAAACAAUUGCAAAUCUCGUUGCCCAUAAAAAAUGUCAAUCCUAAUUUGAUCAACGUUUCGGUGAAAGACAAUCAAUUGAUUGUUCAAUGUGAACACAGUUACAAGGAUGGGAACUGUACAGAACGGUCAUUCUUUCGAAAAUCAAUAACGUUACCACCCGGUACACAGGUCGAUCAAGUGCAAUCACAAAUAACUGAUGAUGGCGAGCUAAAAAUCGAAGCACCUUACAUCGAAAUAAUUCAACAAUGA